AUGAAUGGUGUUGUUGCUGGAGACUUUAAUAGAUCAGUUACGGAGCUUGUACAAGAGUUGGAGUUAGCUUCAAAACUAACAAAGCGAGGAAAGGCUUACAAGAUUCCAUGUACUUUAUUCCAUUCCUGUACAAAGGUGAAUAGUUGGAAAUUUAAUGAAUGGGACUACGGAAAGAAUAACGUCACAUUGCCUUCAAAUGCUCGAGGGUUGUUUAUUCUUGAUGACGCAGAGAAACCUGAGAUCGUUGCAAGAGGUUACGACAAGUUUUUCAAUGUCGAUGAAAUGGCUUCGACUUCAUGGAAGGAGUUAGAGAAGAAUACCAGUGGACCAUAUGAAGUGACCGUUAAAGAGAAUGGAUGUAUAAUUCUGAUCUCUGGCACCGAAGAUGGUGAGCUUGUGGUUUGUUCGAAGCAUUCAACUGGGCCAAGAUAUGAUAUAGAUAGAAAUCAUGCAGAGGCUGGGGAGUUAUUUUUGAGGAGGGAAGCAGGGAAACUAAACAUCGAUGUUAAUAAGAUGGCAGAAAAGUUGUAUGCAAUGAAGUGUACUGCGGUAGCUGAAUAUUGCGAUGAUAGCUUUGAGGAACACAUUUUAGAAUACACUAAAGAUAAGGCUGGGUUGUAUCUUCAUGGUCUAAAUAUGAACAAACCUAAGUUCCAGACCUUGCCAAUGGAUGCGGUGCAGCGUUUUGCAAAAGAAUUUGGUUUUAAGGCUGUUGAGUAUUUUAAAGAAUCGGAUAUAAAUGUUCUCAGGGCUUUUAUAGAGUCUUGUGGUGUCCAAGGGACCUACCAUGACCAAGAGAUAGAAGGGUUCGUAAUCAGAUGCAGAACUAAAGCAGGUGACGAUUUCUUUUUUAAAUAUAAAUUCGAAGAACCUUAUUAUUUGUACAGACAAUGGCGUGAAGCUACCAGGCAAUAUAUCCAGACUAACUCUCGUAUAUUCAACUUUAAGAAGCACAGGUUCAUCACUAAUAAAUACAUGGACUUUGUUAUCCCAUUGCUUGAAAAUAAUGUUGAAUUAUCUCAGCAAUAUAUGCGUGGUGUAGGAAUAAUUAAGCUGAGGAAAAUGUUUUUGGAAGAUUAUGGUAUGACGGGUUUCGAAAUAUUAAAUAGUGAAACAAUCAAAGAACUUGAAUUAAAAAACGCUUUGGAUAUGGAUAAGGUGGGUGAGCAAACCAAGUUUCUGCUGUUCCCUAUUGGGACAGUUGGUUGUGGUAAAACCACUGUUGCAUUAGCGCUUAACAACUUAUUUGCCGAGACUUGGGGACAUGUUCAGAAUGAUAAUAUAACAAGCAAAGACAAAAUAAAACUUAUGAAAGACGCUUUAGAAUUGCUUAGGAAAGAUAAGAUUAAAGCUGUUAUUGUUGAUAGAAACAACCAUCAGUAUCGAGAACGCAAACAGUUAUUUGAAUGGUUUAAUCAGCUGAAAGAGGAUUACUUGCCUUAUUACGCUAAUGUAAAGUUCAUUGCUCUCUCAUUCUUACAAUAUCAAGAUAUAGAGACUGCGAAGUCAAUUACUGUACAAAGGGUAUUCAAACGUGGGGAUAACCAUCAAAGUAUCAAGGCUUCUUCAGAUAAUCAGAAGAAAGUUUUCUCUAUCAUAAAUGGUUUUAUCAAUCGAUAUGAGCCGGUAAACGAGGAAUGUAGCCCAGAUAAUCUCUUUGACUACGUCAUUCACCUGAAUGUGAAUAACCCUGACUCUUCUUUAAUUAAUACAAAACUUGUGUUGAACAAGUUGCAUGAAAAAUAUAAUGUCCUAGUUGGUGAGAUUCCAUCUGAACAAGCAGUUAAUAAGGCAUUUUCGUCCGCUCUAAAUUAUCAGCCAACGAUCACUAAAAUGAUGGGUGGGAGAUCAAAAAGAAGUACUAGAAAUGAGAAGUAUAAACCGGUGUAUUUUGCAGCGGAAAUCAAUGAUGUGCAGAGAUUAAGGCGGGAGAUUGACGACUUGAUCAAAAGAAGUAUUCCAAAUAGUGCGGGAUUGUCAAGUCUAAUUGAUGUAACCUCUUUAAAAGAUUCAUUUCACGUGACUUUGAUUCAUAUAAAUGCUGGAAAGAAAGGGACCAAGUUCGAGAAAGAUAUGUGGUGCGAAUAUAAUAAAAGGUACAACAACUUGUUGUUAAAAAAUGGAUCCAAUUUGGAUAAAGUUCAACCGAAGUACCUUGCAAGCACUGACUCUGUCAAAGUCGAAUUGAAAAGUCUACUCUGGGAUACCAACACUGUAGCAGUGCUGGUCAAAGUGGAUAAAGAAUGCAUCGUGGAUAAAGAGGGGAAUAAAGUCCCACUGCUAUCUAUUAUAACAAAACAUCCGCAUAUCACGAUUGGAUUCAUUAAAGAGGGUGUAAAGGCUUACUAUUCCAACACCUUAUGUGAUCUGAUGGAAGAGCAUCACUUUGAAAAUGGGAGUUUUCCAGGUGGGUUGAAUUGUCUAAACUUUGAAUACCCUCUAUUUCUGGAUUCAACAGUAUGUACCUUUUUGUAG